ACAUAUGGAAAUUUUAGAUAAAUAAUUGAAAAGGACACAUAAUAUAUUAAAUAUUACAAAAUGGGUACGACGGGUCAAUCUAUAACCCUUGCUAACAGUAUUAUAGGCGUCGGAAUCUUAGCGAUGCCGUUCUGCUUCCAACAAUGUGGUGUGUUAUUAGCAACCCUAAUUCUCAUGUGUAUGGGUCUAAUGUCUAGGCUAUGUUGUUAUUUUCUACUCAAAUCAGCCAUUAUUACUAGAAGAAGAAAUUUUGAAUUUUUAGCGUUCCAUAUUUUUGGCCCAGCUGGUAAGAUGGCAGUUGAGACAGGAAUUAUAGGAUUUCUAAUGGGAACAUGUAUUGCAUACUUUGUAGUGGUUGGUGAUUUGGGACCACAGAUUAUUGCCAAAAUGUUGAAUAUUAACCAGAGUGAUAUAUUGAGAACAUCUAUCAUGGUGAUAGUGUCUCUAGUGUGUAUUUUGCCACUGGGGUUGUUGAGGAAUGUGGACAGUCUGAGCAACGUCAGCGCUGCCACAAUUGCAUUCUACUUCUGCUUAGUUAUUAAGGUGAUAGCGGAGGCGACAUCGCAACUGUUAACAACAGAUUGGUACAACCACAUGGAGCUGUGGAAGCCGUCGGGUGUGCUGCAGUGUGUGCCGAUAUUCUCUAUGGCGCUGUUCUGUCAGACGCAGCUAUUCGAGAUCUUCGAGUCGAUGCCGUCUGUGUCUCUGGAGAAGAUGUGUCUCGUCACUAAGAACGCCAUCAAUAUCUGUGCAGCCGUUUACUUAACGCUCGGCUUGUUCGGAUACAUCGCGUUCAAUUCGCAGGAGAUAUCUGGCAACAUUCUAAUGAGCUUGAGUCCGACGUGGGCGAGCGACGUGAUCAAGCUGGGCUUCGUGAUGUCUCUGGCGUUCAGUUUCCCGCUCAUCAUAUUCCCCUGUCGAGCCAGCUUGUAUUCGUUCUUGUAUAGAAAGGCGCAUCCCUCUCAACACGACCACCAGAUGCCGGUGACCACGUUCCGCGUGAUCACGGUGGGCAUCGUGGGUGCGGCACUCGUGGUCAGUCUGUUGUUGCCCAACGUGGAACUGGUGCUGGGUCUGCUGGGCUCCACGGUGGGCGUCCUCGUCUGCGUUGUCUUCCCGGCGGCGUGCUUCCUCAAUGUCACGUUUAAGGAUACUAAUGAACGAUUGUUGGCUAAGUUUGUCGUCGUGCUAGGUCUAUUUAUUCUUGUGUUGGGUACGUUCGCGAAUCUCCAGGCGGCCGAAAACACGAGAGACAAAUAUGACGACCGACACAUAACUAAGGAGAGAAUAGACAAAAUUGUUGAGGACUUUUUCAAUCAUCAACAAGAGUCUGAAGCUGCUUUGAAAAAACCGAAUAUUGAAGUUCCUAAACCAGAAAUAAAUAAAAUAGUAAAGCCUGAAAUUAUAAAAGAUUCCGACUCAGAAGUGCAGCCGCCAAACCCUGUGCCACCAGAAGCUCAACCCGAUCCAGGCUUAAAACUCUUAGAAGAAAAAGAUGAAAAACCUAAAGAAAUAUUGCCAAAUACAAAAGAAGAAAUUUUAAACCGAGAAACGGAAUCGCAUCCCCGAAAUUUAAAACUGAAAACAAAUGGACAAAGUGUAGAUGAGAUUAUUAAAGUUCCUAACGAAAUUAAGGAAGCCAAUGGAGAAGUAGAAAGUAACAUAGAUAAUAAACAAGACAAAAUAUCAAGCCAAGAGAAAAUAGACAUGUUAAAACAGCAGCAGCUAGUAGAAACGAUUAAGCAGCAUGGUGAGGAGCAAAAAGAACUUUUGAAUGAGCAGAAGAAUAUACUAAAAGAGAUUCUAAAAACCAAACAGGAGUUGGAAAACAAAAAGGAGGAAGAAAAUAAUGAAGCCAAAAAAAUAGCGGUGGAGAGUAUACAAAAGAUUGCGAAUAUGGCUAUUCAAAGCAUUGGCGGUGUGACUGAAAAACCGGAUAAGAAACCGGAUCCUAUUCAAAAUAUUGCUGAUGCUGCUGUGAAUGAAAUUGCUAAAAAAGCCGCGGAAACUUUAAACGCAAUCAAACAAAAGGAUAAUUCGCCUAAUAUUGUAAAGCAACCAGAUACUAUAAGUAACGGAGAAAAUAAAGUAAUCAAGAAAUUAGAUGAAGAAAAUAAAAAAUCGGAUCCACUAAACAUAGAGAAACCCGCCCAAAAGCAAAAUAUUGGUAUUGAGAAAGAAAAAUCCAACAUUCUAACAAAUCAAGAAACAAACAAAGUUAUUCUUGAUAAAGUAAAUAAAGUCUUAAAUGACAUUAAACUGAAAAAAGAAAAGGUAGCUAAAAAUGAAAUAAAUAGCAAAACAGAAGAAAAAGAACUAGUAGAACCAUUAGUCGAUAACAAAUCUGACGUAAAAAUUAAAGACAAUCUAACGCCCAUGGAGAAAACUAAAAGUAAAGAAAAGAUUGAAAUUAAUCCAAAAGCACCAAUUCCUUUAAUUAUGAACCCACAAGAUAAUUUUAAUAAAGAGGUACCAAAUAAUAAAAUAGCUGACAGUGCCAAACCACGAGAGAAUAAAAUAAAAAAUGUAGGCGACGAUACUAAUAAGAUUGUCGACAGACAGAAGAGAGAAGUAGUAGAUUGUACAGAAACAACUCGUUUGCAGCCAGAAGAUAAACAAAUAUGCGAAAAUUUAGUUAAUAAACCAAUAAAAGACGCUACGAGUGAUAUACUACCUAAAGUAGAUUUGAAUGAUGCACUGAAUAACAAAAUUCCACUAGAUAUUUUAUCAGUUCACCACAUAAGAUCACUUAAAAGUUUUGCCGAAGAUAAGAAAAGAUAGGAGGUCUUUUUUAUUGAAUUAUUUAAUGUUAUAGUAAAAGUAGCCUAUUUAAAUAACUAUUUUAUGAACCCGAUUGUGAUUUAAUAAAAAUGCC